GCGGCGGCGGCGGCAGCGCCCCGGGCCCGCCGCACCUUCCCCUCCGGAGAGGGGAACCGCUGCAUGGGGCCGGGGGGACGGCCCUGCUGCGCCGAGCGGCGGCGACGGCGGACCCCCCAGGCGGGCUGGGGCUGAGCCCGGGGCCGGGGCAGGGGCUCCGGGGGGACCAUGCCCCGAGGCCGGCCGGCCGCAGCAUGGCUCACGGGCCCGGCGCGCUGAUGCUCAAGUGCGUGGUGGUCGGAGACGGGGCGGUGGGCAAGACGUGCCUGCUGAUGAGCUAUGCCAACGACGCCUUCCCUGAGGAGUACGUGCCCACUGUUUUCGACCACUACGCAGUCAGCGUCACCGUGGGGGGCAAGCAGUACCUGCUGGGACUCUAUGACACAGCUGGGCAGGAAGACUAUGAUCGUCUGAGGCCUUUGUCUUACCCCAUGACUGAUGUCUUCCUCAUAUGCUUCUCUGUGGUAAAUCCAGCCUCAUUUCAAAAUGUGAAAGAGGAAUGGGUACCGGAACUUAAGGAAUAUGCACCAAAUGUCCCCUUCUUAUUAAUAGGAACUCAGAUUGAUCUCCGAGAUGACCCCAAAACUUUAGCAAGACUGAAUGACAUGAAAGAAAAACCUGUCUGUGCGGAACAAGGACAGAAGCUAGCAAAAGAGAUAGGCGCACGCUGCUAUGUGGAAUGUUCAGCUUUGACCCAGAAGGGUUUGAAGACUGUUUUUGAUGAGGCUAUCAUAGCCAUUUUAACUCCAAAGAAACAUGCAGUUAAAAAGAGAAUAGGAUCAAGAUGUAUAAACUGUUGUUUGAUUACGUGAGAAAAGUCUGUAGUGGCCAAGGGACCUGUCCAUUUCUCCCAGCAUCUCAAAAGCUACAGCGAUGUCCUGACCUCUUACAGUGAAGUUUAACCUGAGGGGGGAGGGAAACUGCCCUCAGCAUUCUACAGUGUCAUUGAGAAUGUUUCUUAAAGGUCUAAGCAGCAGCAAACAGCAUCUGAAGCCACAAUCUACUAUAAAUACUUUAUUUCAACUAGAAGGUACAAUCUCUCAGGGGUUUCAUAGUUAAAAAGCUACAAUCACACCAUGUUGAAACGACAUUGAAAAAAACAACAGUGCUGUAAAAGGAACUGCUUGGCUUUGACCAUACACAUUUCUGCACAGCCCUUAUGGAAUCUGCACAAAGAAAUGUCUUCUCCCCUUUUUCCUCUUAAUUGCUCUUGUAUGUAAGUUGCUUUCUAUUCCAGUAUAUCCAGAGUGGUGAGCUAACCAGGCCAGCCACAUAGCCAAAGGUCGCUCCGAGUGUACAGGAGAUGGGCCACACCUGAGGAAAGAAUUAGGAAAUCGAAACCAACUGAUGUUUUAUUAUUCCUUGAGCACAAACUAAGUGUAACAUAAACAUUUCUAUAGUGAAGCUUAAUGUGCUUUCUUAAAGAAUGCCAAAAGUUUAAUAGGUCAUAACUGCAUUUACUAUGAACACUAAAAAUGUACACACUUUAAUGUGUAUUAAAAGGUAACGAGGCUUCCGGCAACUGUAGAUUUAGUUUGAUGUUCCCCAAAUUGCAUGAAGUACAUGCUAAAGUACAAAUUUAAAAAUUGGGUCAUAGUUUGCCAUAAUCCUGAACUCAGUUUAGUUCUCUAUAGUAGUUGGCCAUUUUUCUAAUACCCACUUUGGCUGUGCGCAUCAAAUGAAGCAAGAAGUGUGUAGGCUGACUGAACCUUAGAAAUUUUCAGUUGUGUCAGAGGGAAGGCCUAGAAUCUGAGCAUGUUCCGUGGAGUGUGUAGGUGUUCUGCUUCUAUGAGCUACAGAUGCUGUAUCCACCUAGGGUACAGCCUACAACUUAUGCACACACUUAGAGUGCAAGGCAAGCAGAACAUUACAGGCUUCCCAGAUGGUUUCUCCAGCCAUGCUACACUUCGUUAACCAGAACUAAGUAAUGGUGAUUUAUUUUAUGCCACAGACAGUGUAUGUGGGCCCCUAAGUUAAAAGCACUGGGUAAAAAAUCUUGGAAGCAAACUUUGCUUUUUCAGAAAGCUUAUUUGGUGUGCUGGAGCCAUUUCUAACCCUUCUCCGGGGAAUCAGCCUUCAAAGUGUACUGGAGGAAAACCACCUUAAUAACCGGCUGGUACCAUUUGGCUUUCUUCCUCCGUCUGCUAUGGAUCUGCCUUAUUCUAAACGCAAUGCAACAGACAGUAGUGUUUGUUACACGAAGCUUCCAUGCGAGCCAGCUCAUACAGUUUAGGGAAGCAUAAUCUAAUCCAUAUCGUGUUGCCAGCCUUUCUUAGGUUGAAAUUUGUUGUUGCUUAAACUACGACUUCUUGGUCUUUAGCGAGCUUCUGUUAUCUUCCAGAGUUUGUGCUUACAGCUUUGUCUAUUGCACAGAUUGCGUAAUGGAACACUAAACACUGAUACUUGAAAAUGACAGCCUUAAAUGUUCAUACCAGUCACAAAUCUAGAUGUACUGUCUUGCAUGUGAGCUUUGUAGGAGUUUUUGAAGUAUAAGCACCAUACUCCCCUACUUGGUAGUGGAGUCUACUGGACAAGAGUUUUCUCUUGGAAGUGGAAGUCCCAUGUCUUUUUUUUUUUUUCCCCAAGCAGUGGUGGUUCACAUUAAGCAUCAUGGCCUUAUGUAUGCUCAAAUGGGAUUUCUGUAACUUUCCCAUUUUGUUUUGGUCUUGUUUUUAGGUAGAAUUGAAAGAAAUUGUAUAAUGAGUUAACAUGCUAGCUAAAUUGUCAAACCCAUGAUAUGAAGGAAUCCCGGCAGUAAAGUAUUAUUCAUUUCCAAGUUGCCUUUGGAGAUUUGAUGGGUUUUGGUUUUACUUUCUUUUUCUUUUCUUUCUUUUUUUGUUUCUUCUUCAAAUCUACAUUUGUGAAACCCUUGACACUUGGUGUAUUAAAGACAAUGAAUUUAAAGUCAAGACCAUUCGUGCUUCAAGAGAAAUGGAUUAAGAAUCUGGAAGCGCGCACUGGUGUCACCUCGGUUUCCUCAUGUUAUGACCAUGAGAGUGCUCUCCGGUGUCCCUCCCACUCAUGAGCUCUCUUCACUCUCCUCUGAGUCACAGCAGUCAUAGUUGGACAUCACCUUUUCAGCUUCCCUUUCUCCGGAUGGUAAGAAUCAUGUAUAUAGAACACUCAAACUCUAAGCAGACGAUUGUAUCAUCUGAACCUGAGGUGCCUUAGGUACUCUAUUUACCUUGAUGGGGUUUGGAGUUUCCCAUUGCUUGUCAAGAGCUCUUUGUGUUGGUUAUUUAGUAUUUCUUUUUGCAAAAUCUUCUCUGCCCAUUUAACCAAAAAUUAAAAAAAAAAAAAAAACCCACAAAAAACAAAACAAACAAACAAACAAAAAAAAAAAAAAAAACCAAAGAUUUGUUUUCUAUUCAUGAGCAGGUUAUAGAGAAAUUGCCUUAUUUUCAGAAGCAUAUCUUCUUUAAAGGCUUAGGUUGCAACAGAAAUUCAGACUCAUCUCUGGAAAAACUCUUUCAAACUAGUGAAAUACCUGGGAAAGAAAAUACUUUAAAAAACUAUUUUACUAACAUGGAUUCUGCAGGUGAAUACACUGCUUCAAAUAAGGUCAUGUACGAAAGAACUUGGAGGAAAUCCUCAUUGAUCAGUGUUUGCACAGAAAAUCUGUUCUAAGGUCCUUUAAAACUUUUAGGGGACUCUUGAGAUCUGAUAGAACUUUGCUAAUGUGUGCUCUGGCCUUACAGGUACGUUGUAGCUUACUUGUGGUGAAUUAUCAUAUUUCCAAUAAGCAGAGCUUGAGUUUGUGCCAUUUGUUAUGAAUUAUCUUAGUUCCUUUAGACACUGCUUCCAUUUGAUUUCUAAUUAUUGGUUUUAAAUACCAAAUUAAAUACUGGUUUGUUGGUUGUUGCUUUUUAAAUGAUUGUUACUUCAACAGCGUCCCUUCCUCACGUAUGGGGUCAUAAAUAAAAUGAAAUGCAGUUUA